CUUUGUCUUUCCUUAUGACAUAUAGAGUGGCACCAACCGUUUUUCUACUAGGGUCCACCUCCAAGAUUACUGGGAAAUCGCUUAAACCUCAAAUCUACAGUCCAUCUAUCAUCCCUAACAACACACACAUAUGGAAUCAAAACUCUUGUUUUCAUCGACAUCGACUACCUCCUUCCAUCACAAAAGAAGAGUUCACCAAAACAGCCCAAGUAUUUGCAUAAAACUCAACAUCACUGUUCCUCUCAGAAGUAGCAGCUCCAGCUACAAUGCUUGUUCCUGCCACCAGCUGCUGCUCCAGCAGCAGCAGAAAAAGUACUCAUCAUUUACUCCGAAGGCUUCUGCAAAGAAGGCACAGACAGGUCCUACACAGUUGGCACUAAACCCUACCAAGGAGCCCAAGAAGAAAGGAACCAUCGCUGGCGCAGUUGCUUUGAUCAUCGGUACUAGUAUAGGCUCGGGGAUCCUUGCACUCCCGGAGAAAGCUUCUCCAGCAGGAUUGCUUCCAAGUUCAAUAUCCAUGGUGGUAUGUUGGGGGUUUCUCCUGAUCGAGGCGAUUUUGCUUGUCGAGAUCAAUGUAAGUAUGAGGAGGAAGAAGCGAAUCGAAGACAAUGCUGAAAAUGAACUGGAGGUGAUUUCUAUUAGGACUAUGGCCCAAGAGACUCUAGGAGACUUUGGUGGAACUCUAGUCACUCUGAUUUAUAUUUUCUUAGGCUACACUUCAGUCAUUGCUUAUAGUUCCAAGUCUGGAGAUAUUCUCUUCCAUUUGAUCAAUCUUCCGGCUCCAGUUUCCGGCUUCUUUUUUACCAUGUUUUUUACCCUGCUCAUCGCCAUAGGUGGGACUCGAGCCACUGAUCAAGUUAACCAACUCCUUACUGCUUCCAUGAUAGGUUUAUUACUAGCAAUAGAGGUGCUAGCAGUUGUGUUUGGAGGGUGGUCAGGAGUAGAGGGAAGUGGAGAUUGGGGGAAAGUCCCCGCUACGGUACCUGUGAUUAUCUUUGCUCUGGUGUAUCAUGACCUAGCACCCGUUCUUUGUGCUUAUUUGGGAAGUGAUCUCGCACGCCUAAGGAUUUCAGUAUUUCUUGGUAGUCUUGUUCCACUGCUAGCAUUGCUCGUUUGGGAUGCAAUUGCACUUGGCCUCUCUGCGCAGGCUGAUCAAGUUGUUGACCCUGUUGAGUUGCUUAUGAGGGUGAAAUGGAGUGGGGUUUCAUAUAUGGUAGAAGCUUUCUCACUCCUUGCAAUUGGAACAUCAUUAAUUGGUACUCUUCUUGGCUUCUCUGAGUUUUUCAAAGAACAACUUAACAACCUCUCAUCAAUAUCUUCCCCCACGCAAACACUCGAGAAACCGGAAAUCACAUUCGAGCUGAGAAAAUGGUGGGGAAGAAAUCAAAUUAGCCUUGCAGCAGUGGCAAUGGUUGUUGGUCCAUCUCUUAUUGUGUCGACUAGUAUUCCAGAUGCAUUCUCUACUGCCACAGACAUUGCUGGAGGGUAUGGUAUGACAAUGCUAUAUGGAGUUCUACCACCGGCAAUGGCGUGGGCAAUGCACAACAAAGAAUGUGAAAAUGAGGAGCGAAAAACUUUAUCAAGAGCAAGGCCUGUACUAGUUGGGGCAGGACUUUUUGCUUGUGCAAUAGUGGGAGAGCAAAUCGUACAGGAUAUCCUCGCAUUUCAUUCCUAGCAGGGACAAAAACGAGGUACCAGACUCGGAAAUUAAACUAAACAACAUGAUUCUUUAGAUCAACGAGGCCUUAUGGAUUUUCUGCUUUAGCUAAUUUAGCGUUACAGAUAGCUUUGCAGCAAUCAGUAUUAGAACACCUUGUUCUCAUUUCUCAA